AUGUUACUACCUUCAACUGCCUGGGCUUUCGUACUGUCCGGCCUUCAAUUGUUGUGGAACUAUUGCUUGACUCGUCUCUUUGUCUGGUCCUCGUCCUUCCUUGUCCUCCAACCUACCUACCUUGAGUCGGAUAAACCUCGCCUAGAAAGAUCUGCAAGGUACACUACUGCUAGUGAUUGUGAAAUUGACCCUAACAAGUCUCCUGGACUGUCAUGUUGCCUAUAUAACGAGCCUCACCUCCCCCGUACUAUCAUCAUUCACUUCCAGCUUCUUCUCUCACACACACUAAUGAAAUUCACUGCUCUUUCUCUCGCCGGCCUGGCUGCCGCAGAGCUGGUCACUCUGGACUGGGCCUCUACCACCCAGGUUAUCACUGCCGCUGGAACUAAGACCGAGGACUACCUGUCUGCCGCUUACACUGCUAUCAACGAGAAGUUGAGCCAGACCACCGCCGCCCCUGACGCCGAGGUUGCUCAGGAGGCUCUGGACCUGACCAUCCAGGCUCCUUUCUUUACCAUGGGUCUCGAGAUCCCCGAUCUUCCCGAGAUUCCUGCUCCUUCCGGCUCUCAGAACGUUUCCAACUUCUGGUACUCUGCCAAGCACCCCGAGUCCAAGGAGAAGCGAGAGCUGACCCCUCAGGAGCUGUCUGCUAUUGAGGAGGCCGCUGAGGGUCUUGAUCUCACCAUCCAGGCUCCCUUCUUCACCAUGGGUCUUAUUCUGUCUGAUGAGGACGGCCACAAGUCCACUGCUUGGAUCACCGAGACUGUCGAGCCUAAGACCACCCCCACCGCCUCCAUCUCCAACUCCACUACUCUGCAGAAGCGACAGAACUACGACGAUCUGACCAUUCAGGCUCCCUUUUUCACUAUGGGUCUUUCCAUUGGUCCUGACGGACAGGUGACCACCAUCACUACUCUGGUGACUCCUCCUCCUGAGGUCAUUCCUGUUACUUCUGCUCCUCCCGUUACCCCCACCCCCGAGCCUACUCCUGCUCCCACUCCUACCCCUACUCCCUCUCCCGAGUCCUCUGCUGCCCCCUCUUCGGCUGCUCCCUCUUCGGCUCCUGCUAACAGCACCUCUGUGGCUCCCUCUUCGGCUGCUCCUAACACCACCAGUGUUGAGCCUACCACUGCUGCUCCCACUUCCGCCAACAGCACCACCGCAGUCCCCACCACCUCUGUUAACUCUACCACUCCUCUUCCCCCUGUGGUGCCCACUGUUAACUCCACCACUGCCGUGCCCACUGUUGAGUCCACCACUGCUGUGAACUCCACUACUGCUGUGCCUACCACCAGUGCCGUUAACACUACUUCUGUGGCCCCUACUACUUCGGCUGUGAAUUCCACUACUGCAGUCCCCACUACUUCUGCAGUCAACUCUACUACUCCCCUGCCACCCACCACCCAGGUCAACUCCACUACUGCCCUCCCUACCUCUUCUGCAGUAAACUCGACCUCCGUGGCUCCCACUACCGCCGUUAACAGCACUACCCCCAUUGCUCCCGUGGCUGCUCCCACCCUGAACACCACCUCUGCUGCUCCCACGACUGCUCUUCCCAGCACCACCGCUGUGAACUCCACUUCUGCAGUCCCCACUUCUGUUAACAGCACCACUUCCAUCCCCACUACCUCGGCAGUCAACUCCACUACUGUUCUCCCCACUACCUCUGCAGUCAACAGCACAACCGUUGCUCCUACUACCCAGGUCAACUCUACCACUGCUGCUCCUACCACUGCUGUGAACAGCACCACUGCCCUACCCACCACCCAGGCCAACUCCACCACUGCUGUUCCCACCUCCAUUGGUGCCCUGAACGCCACCUCGGCCGUUCCCGUCUCCUCUGCGCUGAACACUACCUCCGUUGUCCCUACCGUUGUUCCCACUUCUAACAGCACCACCUCUAUUCCUGUUACCAGUGCCGUGAACUCCUCCUCUGUGGCCCCUACCUCUGCCGUGGCUAACUCUACCACUGCUGUUCCUACCUCGGCUAACACCACCUCUGUGGCUCCUGUGGCCCCCGUUACCUCCGCUGUUAACUCUACCACUGCCCUCCCCACCACCUCCUCGGCUGUUAACUCUACUACUGCUGUUCCCACUACUGCGUUCAACAGCACCACCGCUGUGCCCACCUCUAGUGCUCUCAACACCACUUCCAUCCCUGAGACCCAGGCUGCCAACACCACAGUUCCUGUCUCUUCCACCGCUGCUGUGAACUCCACCACCCCUGUUCCCCUUGCUGCUCCCACCACCUCUAACACCACCACCUCGGUCCCUGUUACUUCUGCCGUGAACAGCACUACCGCAGCCCCCACCACUUCUCUUGCUAACAGCACCACCGUGGCACCCAUCCCCACUACUUCCGCUGUUAACUCCACUUCGGCUCUGCCAACCACUUCUAGCUUCUCCAACAGCACCACUGUUGCUCCCGUUACCACCUCUUCUUCUUCUUCUUCUUCCUUCAACUCGACUACCGUCGCCCCCAUUACCACUUCUAGCUUCUCCAACACUUCUUCCGUGGCUAUUCCCACCACUUCCAGCUUCUCCAACACUUCUACCCCCGUGAUUGCCUCCACAUCUUCUUCUUCUUCUUCGGCAUUCACUUCUUUCAGCAACUCUUCCACCAUCGCCGCUCCCACCUCGUUCAACGCUACCACUCUGCUGCGUUCGAUCCGACCUGGAGCUGGUGUUUUCACCACCGGUGCUUAA